GGACCUAUAAAUGGCACCACCCAGCCCAAUGGACAGAUGCCCCAGGCUGCGCAUUCUGUCAGUGCUGUUCUUGAAGAGGCCCAGGCACAUGCUGAAACAUGUAAGGAUCAGAAGCCAGCCCUCGGGAACCGCCAGGAGCCAGGAGCACCCCGGGCCCCGCAAGGCCCCAAGUCCAGCCUGCCCCACCCGCUCCGGUGCAGAGGUCCUGGGACACCCGUGGCAGCCCCGCCACACCCCCCAAGGCCAAGGGCACAGGCAGCAGGGGCUUCCCCGCCCCGCCCGACUGCUUCCUGCCGCCACAGCAGCCACCAAUGCAGCUCCUGGAGUACCCAGAGCUCUCGCCGCCUCCCCCGGACUUCAUGGAGACGCCCCUGGACUUCGUGUUCCCUCCCCUCGCUGUCGCCAAGAGGCCUCCUAUGCCCCACCCCCCCAACAGGCAGGAAGCAUCAAGGUUCACAAGCAGCAAAUGAAUAAAAGUUAAACGUUCUUCCUACUG